AUGGCGACGGAGAACGAGAAGAAGCGCGGGUUGAUUAUCGUCUCGAACCGUCUUCCACUGUCAGUCAAGGAAGAAAACGGCACAUACACUUCCAGCCUAUCCAGCGGUGGUCUUGUAACAGCCCUGUCGGGUCUGACCAAGUCAACGAACUUCCGCUGGUUCGGCUGGCCGGGCAAGGCUAUCGAGGACCCAGAAGAGCAGAAAAAGGUCUCCGACGCCCUGGCAGAGAAUAGCGCGGUGGGCAUUUUCUUGGACGAGCAAUUGGCGCACGACCAUUAUAACAACUUCUCGAACUCUGUCCUCUGGCCCAUCCUCCACUACCAAUCUGGAGUCGCCUUCAAUGAAGACGCGUGGGAGGCGUACCAGCGUGUGAAUGGGAUCUUUGCUGAUACCGUCGCCAAAGAAGCGGCCAACGGGGAUCUGAUCUGGGUUCAUGAUUACCAUCUAUUGCUCUUGCCUUCUCUCUUGCGUGAGCGACUCAAGAAGCAGGGGAAGAGCUGCUCGAUUGGAUUUACAUUGCAUACCCCGUUUCCGGCAGAGGACUUUUGGCGGGCCAUCCCUGUGCAGAAGGACUUGCUGAAGGGCUUACUUGCUUGUGACGUGAUUGGCUUCCACACGGAUGAGUAUAGGCGGAACUUUACUGAGAGCUGUGCACGUAGUUUGUGA